AUCCAAAGAUUAACAAUAUAUCACAUUGGAUACCUGCUCUGUCCAAAGCCCUCAGAAGAAAACCCCCAGAUUGAUUAAAUUCUUAUUCCACUAAUAUUCCUUCCUCCUAAAAUCUCCACGAUUUCUUUAGAUUCUCUGAAAUAAAUGGCUCACUGCAUGAUGAUUGUUCCUUUGCUUAUCUCGCUUUGUCUGAUCCUACCUUUGAUUCAAGCCUCCAAAUUCCAGUACUGCGAUAAUAACAAGGAUUAUGACGUUAAAGUUAGCGGAGUGAAGAUAAGCCCAAAUCCGGUGAAGAAAGGGAAACCAGCGACCUUCACUAUCUCUGCAACAACAAGUGAAUCAAUAACUGAUGGGAAAAUGAGGGUCGAUGUUAGAUACUUCGGAUUUCCUGUGUAUAGUCAGGAUCAUGAUCUUUGCGAGGAAACGUCCUGCCCUGUAACCAGUGGUAAUUUUGUGGUGUCUCACACUGAAGAGUUGCCUGGGUUCACUCCACCUGGUUCAUACUCUCUUACUAUGAAGAUGAUUGAUGGAGAAAGUCGUGAACUUACUUGCAUUUCCUUUGGUUUUCGCAUUGGUUCUGCAUCAUCCGUUUCUGACGUUUAGGUGCCUUGAAGGCUUGCCUCAUGGUCUAAGCACCAUCACUUCUGUAUCCAUAGUAUAUACCUUUUAGCUACCCUAAUAUUGCUACAAUGUCAUGAUGUGUAAUGUAUGAUUAAGCUCCAUUUUCUUAAUACGAGGAUCAAUACUGUA